UGGGCAUUUCUGCACAGAUCUGUGGAGCACACAGAUGGAGCCUGAACACUACACAAUCAUCAUCUACACUGAUAUCCAGGACCUGACCUCAGCCCUGAUAGGAGUCAGACAAUACUACUACACAGCUUUAAGGUGGAAAUUUCUCCCCAGCGAUGCUGAGUGCAACAUUCUUUUCUAUGUACAAAGAGUGUCCAGGGCCGUGUCCAUCAAAAGCACCUGCUUCUUGAGUAUCUUCCAGGCCAUCACCAUCAGCCCCAGGAAUUCUAGGUGGGCAGAGCUUAAAGUCAAAGCUCCCAGGUACAUAGGCCUCUCCUCCAUGCUGUGCUGGAUCCUGAACAUGUUAAUAAACACCAUUUCCCCCAUCUACCUGACUAGUAAGUGGAUCAACACAAGCAUCACAAAGAGAAAAGACUAUGGGUACUGUAACGCUGUCUUCCAAGACACCUUCACAGGAUCGCUCUUCUUGGCACUACUAUUGUUGCCUGAUGCUGUGUCCUUGGGGCUCACGCUCCUGGCCAGCAGCUCCAUGGUGUUCAGUCUGCACAGACACAAGCAGCAGGUGCAGCACAUUCAUGGUCCCAGGAAUGCUUCCCCCAGGACUUCCCUUGAAUCCAGAGCUACUCGGAGCAUCCUUGCUCUGGUGAGCACAUUUGUAUUUUUUUACGUGGUCUCCUCCACUUUCCAAGUGUAUUUGGCUCUUCUUUGUAAGCCCAGUCGAUUAACAGUGAACAUCUCUGCAUUAUUUGCUGGCUGUUUCCCAACUCUUAGCCCCUAUAUUCUCAUGAGCUGUGACUCCAGGGUAUCCAGGCUCUGCUUUGCCUGGAUAAGGAAUACAAAAUCCCCCAACAUUAUCAGAAACAUGUGCCUUGUAUUUGCUUUAUAA